AAAGAAGAAACGUUAUCACAAAUUGGAUUCUUAGUGUCUUACUCCGAACAGUGAACCCUCACCUAACAAUCAACCCUACCAUUCCAAAGCUCGAAGGUGAACAGUGAGUGAGUGAGUUAUUCAGAACCCAGGAUUUGGCGAAAGUGAAGCGAUGAGCAGUGAUAGGAAUAUUGGGGUUGCCUUGGACUUUUCCAAAGGAAGCAAAAUCGCUCUCAAAUGGGCUAUUGACAAUCUUCUCCGCAACGGUGACAUACUCUACAUCGUCCACAUCAAGCCUUCCGGAGGAAGUGAAUUCCGAAAUCUUCUCUGGUCCACCACUGGUUCACCUCUGAUUCCGUUGUCGGAGUUUCGUGAGAAGGAGGUGAUGCAUCACUAUGAGGUGGAUACUGAUGCUGAGGUGUUGGACUUGCUUGACACCGCUUCUAGGGAGAAACAGGUGACUGUGGUGGCAAAGCUAUACUGGGGGGAUGCAAGAGAGAAAAUUGUGGAAGCUGUUGGGGAUUUAAAGCUUGACUCUUUGGUCAUGGGUAGCAGAGGAUUGGGCGCCAUACAGAGGGUAUUGCUGGGGAGUGUGACUAAUUAUGUCACCACAAAUGCGAGUUGCCCUAUAACGAUUGUGAAAGACUCUGCCCCUUCUACUAACUGAUAUGCUACUGAAUUUGGUUGGCCUUUGUAAUCGGUUGUUUUUAUCUUCAUCAGAGACCAGACUGCUUUUCCCUCCGUUCUUACUUCUUACAGAUGCUUAAUUGGGUUUAUGAACACACAUGAUGAUUAAGGAUUCGGCAAGCAUAAUGUAUAUUUUCGGAGUCUCUUUUAAGUGCUUGGUUAUAAUCACAAAAUUGUGCUUAUAAAUAAGCUUUGUGCUGGAUCUAUUUCAAACUUACUAGUGCACAUGAUGUGGUGGUGUGAAAUGUUUGAUACUUUGAUUCUCAGUCUUUACUGCGUCAUAUACUCUUAUCAAUCUUUUGCUUUCGGGCUAUUCUAUGACUUGUUUGUGUGGA